GACUCGUAGAUCAGCUCCAAGUGCUUGUCGAUAAACUCCAAGUAGUCCUCAGUGUUAAAGAACUGCACAUACUUCGAUCCAUUGGAGGGCAAAUAGCGAGUGUUUUCCUCAAACAACUGCAGCACAUAGUCAGAUACAACGUUCAUUGAACAACACAUCAGUUCCAUUCCAGUUCCAGAGCAGCAUCCAGGUACCAACACAAGUCCAACACAAGUCCAACACAAGUCCAACACAAGUCCAACACAAGUCCAACACAACUCCAGCACAACUCCAACACAACUCCAGCACAACUCCAGCACUCACCUCUUCGUAUCUCAGCUCUGGCUCCAAAACAUUUCGGUGGAUACUUUCGGUGUUUCCGGCCUACACGUGCAUUACGGGCUAACGCGCUUCCAGUAUAAAAUACUCCUUCUGUGUUGCAAUCCUGAAGAAGAAAAGUGCAUCACCAACUUUUCUAUUAUGUCCUCUUUUCUUUUUGCUGCUGUUUUGUUGCUUUCGGGUCUUGUGUGGGCUGCGACCAACGACACCGAUGUCUGUGUGCUGACCUUUGAGGAGCAAUUGGACUUGACUGUCUGUCGUUUCAACACCACCGACACCACUACUCCUAUCUUCAGCAAGGUCUGUGCUUGUUCUGUUGGCGACGACGAGUUCUGGGACACCUACUUUGACUACGUUAUUUGCAAGAGCGAUACUCAGCUCUUAGAAACCAAAAGUGAUAUUUGUGGAAACACCACCAACGACAACAACUGCUCUUGGGAUAUUGUUGGUGCGGUUUAUCUUGCGUUGAUAGACUACAUUGCUGAACUGAACCCUGAAUGUAUUAUUCUUGAUGAGGCCAACAAUGCUUUUCUCUUCAAUUUCGAUUGCACUUGUCAAUUGAAUGCAACUGGUACCUACUGGCAGCUAUACUAUCAAUAUUAUUACUGUUUGGAUGGUACCACCAGUUCUACCAGUUUUAAGGAAGCCUUUUGUAGUGUAUAUUCCAACGUCACAGAUUCAUCUAUAUCUACCACAACCAGUCGUUCUAUCGUCGGUUUUUCUUCUGUUCCUUACAACAAUUCUUCUGGAAUUGGACAGGCAGACGUUGAGGUCACUGAUUUCGAUGUAUCUUCAUCUUUAUCAUUAUCAUCUUCUGAUUUUGCUCCUUAUAAUUAUGUUCAUAAUUACAAUUACUCAAUUGUUGGGUUUUUCUUUGCCUUAUUUUCUUGUUUAUUCAUUGUCUAAAGAUAUCAUUGCUUUCCUUGUCUAAAAGUUUUUUUAAUCUUCUUAUGUCUUUAUCUUGUUUGUUUUUGCUUUUAAUUUAUUGUUUAGUUAUUGUUUAUUGUUAAUUAUUUAUCAUUAUAUUGUUUUUUUUCCAGUUUUACAUUAAUAUCCUUUUUCC